UUUACCGAUGAAGAUCUGAUUCACACCGCUACAGAAAUUGAACAGAUCGAAGACGAAUUUGUUGUGCCACCCCUAACUGGGGAGGAACAAUUGAACAUUUUACAUAGUGCUUUAAGAAUUGUUGAUGAAAGGAUUGAUGAUGGUGGAGAAACAAUAAAAUCAUUAUGCAAGCUACAGUCCUGUAUUCGUGAGGAAGUUCGAAAAGAAAAAGCUGGUAAGCAAGUUCAAAAUAAAUUGGAGCAAUACUUCAAAACUUGA